AUGGUCGGAGAUAUCGUCCUCGCGUUUGAUCUGUACGGAACUCUGCUUUCCACCGAGUCGAUCGCUCAGCAGCUGGCGUCGCAUUUCCCCGAAAAGGCCCAUUCCAUCUCGAGCUUAUGGCGGCGCUAUCAGCUGGAAUACACGUGGAGGCUGACGAGCAUGGGCGUCUACGAAUCCUUCUCCACGAUCACGCGCAACGCCCUCCGUCACGCUCUUGCCGAACAUGGCGAAACUCUGGAUGACGAUGCGAUAUCCGCCCUGAUGGAAGCCUAUGACAACCUCUCUACAUUCCCCGACGUCAAACCCACGCUAACAAAGCUCGCCUCGAAUCCGCGCAUAACCCCCGUCGUCUUCUCCAAUGGCACGCAAAACAUGGUCUCAAACUCUGUACACUCUUCCCCUGACCUCUCCCCACACGCCUCGGUAUUCUCCGACAUAAUCUCCAUCCAGAGUGUCCGACAAUUCAAGCCCGCGCCCGCGACGUAUUUCCAUCUCGCCGAGAAAGUCGGCAAGGCGUCGCGGCUGGAGGAUAUCUGGCUCGUCAGCGGGAAUCCGUUUGACAUUGUGGGUGCGCGGAGCGUCGGGUUGAAUGCGGUUUGGGUUGAUCGUGCUGGGAAGGGGUGGAUGGAUGCUGCGGUUCCGAGGUUGCGUCCCACCGCGGUUGUCAGAAGCUUGGACGAGGUUUUGGACGUGGUCGAGCACCACCCUCAGCCUUUGUGA